CAGCCCCUUCAAAAAUCUAGAGAGAGAGAGGGAGAGAGAGUAUAUCCUUAAAAAAAUCUAGGGAGCGAGAAUGGGAAACAGUGUUGAAGAAGAGAUGCUGGUUCAAAUGGUCCAUGAUUUCAUUGAAUCAGGUUCAUCAGACACCCACCUUGAUUCACCACAAGAAAACCAACAUGAUCAUAACCAAGCAAUCUUCACGUUGCAGGGGAUUCUUUAUUGUGUUUCAGAGGUGGAGAGAGAGGUUGGUGAGAGAGUGAUGAGGCAUGUGAAGCAGUGUGGGCUUGAAGAGAGAUGCAAUCUAAGGAGAGGGCUGAUGAUGAGGCUGAGAAUGGACGGUUAUGAUGCAGCCAUCUGUAGAUAUUCUGGCUCAGAUUGCCCAGGAGGAUUCUAUGAAUACUUGGACAUAACAUUGGAGGCAAAAGAUAAAUAUGGAUCAAGAAGGCUCAUAAUUGACACUGAUUUCAAGUCUCAAUUUGAAAUAGCAAGGCCCACUCCAACAUACACAAAGCUUUCCAACUCUCUCCCCAAUGUAUUUGUGGGCAAUGAAUCCAAACUCAAAAAGAUCAUCACUCUCCUUUGCCAUGCUUCAAAGCAAUCACUACAAGAGAGAGGACUUCACAUCCCACCUUGGAGAAAAACCACUUACAUGCAAUCCAAAUAUCUAUCUCCACAUCAAAAAAUAACCACCAUUUCUUUCACUAAAUUUGGCAUAGACACUAAACUUAACAAAGCAAAUGGUAAUGGAAAUGCCUCUAUAUUUAGUGGAAAAGAUAAAGAUGGUGCAAAAUCUUCUAUUUUUAGCAGCUGGACACCCCCAAAAGUGAACCCUAAAAGAAGAGACUUGGGCUCUGGUUACCAAGGAGCUGGUUUGUCUAGCGAGUUCUCCAACCUUAGGUGCCCCCCAGUUGCUUGAGUUCAUCUAGGCUAACCCUCGACUUACUUUGUGCCAAAUUUAAGGGCUUGGGCUAAGUUUGGUUAUUUGCCUCUAUUUUGUAUUUUUUUUUUUUGGUCUUUUUCCCAUGUGUUGAGGGUUUUGGUUAUUAUUUCCUCUCCUCGAUCAGCUGACAUUGUAAAGAAUAAAUUUCAUUAUGAAGAGUUGCUUUACUUUA